UCUUUUUUCUCACACAAUGUCAUCCGACUUCUCCUUGCCUCUCUCUUUCCCUUUCUCUCUCUAACUUCAUAAGUAGCUAGUUUGCUCUGAGCUCCACUGUUAACUUACCACACACUACUCUCUCUCUCUCUCUCUCUCUCUCUUCAACCAUGGCUGCCCUUGCUAUUGCAGCUCUGCUUCUCUUAGCCAUGGCUGGCCAGUCAAGAGCAAACUGGUGUGUUUGCAAAGAUGGAGACCCUGCAGCCCUGCAGAAGGCAUUGGACUAUGCCUGUGGAGCCGGGGCAGAUUGCAACCCCAUAAAACCCAAUGGAGUUUGCUACAACCCCAACACUAUCAAAGCUCACUGCAGCUACGCCGUCAACAGCUACUUCCAGAAGAAGGGCCAAUCCACCGGUACUUGUGACUUUUCUGGCGCUGCAACCCCUACUACCUCCGAUCCAAGCUCAAAUGGUUGUACCUACCCUGCCAGUGCCAGCUCCUCAGGCACAACUCCGACAACACCAUCUACUGGAACCGGCACAACCCCAAGCACCGGAACUACCCCUACCACCGGCACAACCCCUACCACUGGCACAACCUCUACCACUGGCACUACCCCUACCACCGGCACAACACCUACAGGCGCCACCCCAUACACGGCAACUCCUGGAGUACUAGGAGGCACUGGCAUGGGAAUAGGGCCAUCGGGAGCUGGCAUCAACACGGACGACAGCGGUGUGAUUAGACCUGUUGACACUACUAGCUUGUUUUCUUCUCUCCUAACCCUAUUCUUCUCAGGCUUGAUGCUUUGGUGGGACUGAAAAGGAAUUUAGUGGACGUGAGGAGGAGGUGGGGUAGGAUGUGCAAAUAUGAACAUCAUUUGGGACAUCCUUGCUAGGGUUGGAGGCAUCCAAACAUAGGCCUCACUACAGACUUUAGGACAAAACAUUCAGAAAGCUCAUGUACACGUAUGUAUACAUACAUUUAUAUAUAUAUAUAUAUAUAUAUAUAUAUAUAUAUGUGUGUGCGCGCGCAUAAUUACUUUUGUAAUGUGGUUCCACCCUGAACACGUAGAAAUGGAACUUGACUUCAACUAUAUAUGGAUGCCUUCAACCUUAAAGCUGUAUCACGUGGAUGGAAACAAAAUUCAUUUGGGCAGGGCUUCGAAUUUGGCCUUGAUUCGUGGUUGUGGGCAAUAUUUAUCGUUGGAGUGGGUCGAAUUCACUUCCUACAACUCGUCUUCCAUGAUGGUUGUGCGCUCCCGACUUGCCCGCGGCUGAGCCGCCUUACUAGGCCACACCUGUGGUGUAUUUUCGAUGUAGGCAACAGAUCUGUCUAGCGGCGGUGUUGCCCUUGCUAUGAAGACGAGCUGAUUUGUGGUUGUAUUCUUGGAUUAAAUAAUUUUAUUGUUUUGUGAUUGCUUCGACAACUUGUUGUGGCCUCGCUUGUUUGAGCGACGGCUUUGUGUGGACAUUGCGUACCAAAUUUGAUGUCAUUAUCGUCUUUGCAUUAGAUUUGAUCACUGGAGAAUAUGUACCUAAUAUGGCACCCUCUUGUAUUGUUCGGUUCUUCUCUCCUGUAUUGUUCGGUUCUUAUGAAUGAA